UGUGAUCUGCUUUGUAAUUUAUUUUCCCCUCGAACAACUUGUAAUUACAUGUAGGUAUAGGUUAAUGUUAGGACUUCUGUAUGAUACCAGUGACCAGGAAGUUUCUAAAAUUUUUACUCUGUACUUGAGAGGUAUUUUAAAAAACCAAAAACUAAUGCAAAUUUGUUUGUCUCAUCUCCAUGAGAAAAACGAAUCGGACACUUGGUUAGCGAAGAUGUGCAACAUCCGGUAUUGAACCAAAUUUAUAUCAAUGAAAAAUUAAUUAUCGUGAUGUUGUAUAGGAAUCAAACCCGGGACCCGUGCAUAGUCAGACAAUUUACCACUGAGGCGAUAUGAUAGGCAUGGUCCAUAACCCUGACCACCACACAUGUAUCCGACAAUACAGGCACAGAUUUUGGCCAGUGGAAGUGAACACAUGACAGCCAUCUACAAUAAGUGAUAAGAACAGAACAUAUAUAAAGUAAAGUAGCAAGCCCAGAUGAUAACGUUGAAAAAUUGCGCGAUGUAUUCCGAGUGUAUUCCAAAUGGAGUAAAGAAAACAUUCCCCAUUAUAAAUCUCCGUAAGGAAUCUGUUUUCGUUCCUGUGAAUUUUUCUGAGUGACAGUUGAUAAUGUGUCAAUGAAAUUAUCUUGGAAAUUAUCCCUUUCAACUAUUACAAGUGCACUUCUUUCACAGGUUUUAUCCUCAUUCAAGGUAGUAACAUUUGGUCCAUUAAUGAAAAACCAACAACUCGUUGUGGUAUAAUCUAUACAGUAUGGUUUUCAAAGAUACAGUAGACAAGAGAAAGAAAAGAGGAAUUGUAUAUGGUUAUGAUAUAAACACCUAGACCCUCCAGACCAUGGACCCAGCAAGUACAACAUAUAAAGUACAUCAAUGCUCUAAGUGUCCCGGGGACACAGAGUACUAUUGUGUAUCGUGUCCAUGUGAUCUGUGUCAAAAGUGUAAAGAAAACCAUGUGAAAAACCUCCAAACAAUAGACCAUAAUGUUGUGUCACAUCAUGAGAAAUUCAACAACAUCCCAACACAAGAGAUCUGUGGGAGACAUCCUAGCCAUGUUUAUAUAAAGUACUGUGAAUCUAGUCAAGUUCCUGUGUGUGAUUCUUGCUUCGGACAUAAAUCUCAUAGAUUCCCAAUUACUCUUAUAAAAAGAAGGCACAAGUUUAAAAGUAUACAAUUAACAUAUCAAACAAAGCAACAACAACACAGAGGAACCAUUCACACCAUCAGAAGUGAGGCUCUCUUUUACAGACCUGUUCUCAUGACAGGAAUCACAGAUGACAUCAAAACUUGUCGCACAGAAUUCUCCCGCUAUCAAUCAGAGAUGUUAACAAAGGCCCAGAGACUGAAGGAUCUCAUUAACUAUGUGCUAUAUGAUCUAUUGAACAAAGUGUUAUGUGACUUUGAUUUCAAACACAGAUAUUUAAAACAGAAGAUAGAAACAAACAGACAUAUUUUCAGCCUACAGAGAUAUGUACACAUGUAUGAACAGUCAACAUUCAGUGCACUUCAAUUCCUCUCCUCCAUAAAGAAAGCCUUCCCCCAGACACAUCUUACACUCCACACCAGCCAGCUCUCCAUGACUGAGUCACUCAACAAGGAGGAUGUGAUGGAGUCACUGAGUGCAAUCCAAAUCACAGAGAGAGGAAACCGACGCAUAGGAAACCAGUGUCUGCUGAAACUGACGUCUGGUGCUGAGUUCCAUCAAUCUCUCACAGUGACAGGUGUUGAUCGUUGUGAUCACAUUUCCUGUGUGACAUCAGACCGGGUCUGGGUCAGUGGUUAUAGAAAGAAUCUCAUGUUGACAGACACAACAGGUGUCCCUCUACAUCGUGUGAAGGAUUCAUGGAGUGGAGAUACAUUAGGUAAUGGAUUACACACAGUGAACAGUAAGAGUGAACUGAUUUUUAUAGAUAGGAAAUAUAACAUCAACAAACUAUCAAAGGAUAUGAAAACAACCACCACAUUUAUAGAGAAAACAGACUCUACAUGGAGACCACAGUGUGUGUACUGGUCCCCGUCCACUGGGGAUCUACUGGUCGGGAUGUAUAACAAUGAUACAGACACAGGCAAGGUAACCCGGUACAACCAGAGUGGACAACUCACACAAACCAUACAGAACGACAACACAGGACGGGGGCUGUAUAGAAGACCUUGCUAUAUAACAGAGAACAACAAUGGGGAUGUCGUGGUGUCUGACUAUAUAUAUAGAUGGUCUAGUACUGUAGUGGUGACAGAGCGUGGAGGAAGACAUCGUUUCUCCUACACAGGACCUCCAUCAGGAUCAAGACUAGAUCCAGUAGGAAUCUGUACUGACGCGCUGUCACAUAUCCUGGUGUGUGAUUUUAGAACCGACACAGUACAGAUGUUAGACAAGGACGGUCAGUUCCUGUCACAUCUACUGAUAAGACCAUCAGGAAUAUUCAAACCAUGGAGCCUGAGUUAUGAUGUCAACACUCACCGUCUCUGGGUCGGAUCAUGGUACAACAACACGGUGGUUAUAUACAGGUAUAUCACCAGACAGGAUGCUCUGACAGCCUCUGCUGAUGUGAUGGAGUCACUGAGAGAAAUCCCAACCACAGGGACAGAAAAACCACAGCAAGGAAACCAGUGUUUGCUGAAACUGAUGUCUCCCCCCGAGUUACUUCACUCUCUCACAGUGACAGGUGUUGAUCGUUGUGAUCACAUUUCCUGUGUGACAUCAGACCGGGUCUGGGUCAGUGAUUGGAACAAUCUCAUCUUGACAGACAUAACAGGUGUCCCUCUACAUCGUGUGAAGGAUUCAUGUCGUGGUGUAGGAUUACACACAGUGAACAGUGAGAGUGAACUGAUUUAUAAAGAUAGGAAAUAUAAUAUUAAGAAACGAUCAGAGGAUAUGAAAACAACGAAAACAUUGAUAAGGAAAAAAAUAUUCUCUAAAUGGAGACCACUGUGUGUGUACUGGUCCCCGUCCACUGGGGAUCUACUGGUCGGGAUGUUUAACAAUGAUACAAGGACAGGCAAGGUAACCCAGUACAACCAGAGUGGACAACUCACACAGACCAUACAGAACGACAUCACAGGACUGGGUCUGUAUAGAGAACCUCGCUAUAUAACAGAGAACAACAAUGGGGAUGUCGUGGUGUCUGACUGUAGCUUUCUCUCUAUGUAUGGUGCUGUAGUGGUGACAGAGCGUGGAGGAAGACAUCGUUUCUCCUACACAGGACAUCCAUCAGGAUCAGAACUAUGGCCACGUGGAAUCUGUACUGACGCGCUGUCACACAUCCUGGUGUGUGAUGAUAGAACCGAAACAGUACAGAUGAUAGACAAGGACGGUCAGUUCCUGUCACAUCUACUGACAAAAUCACAAGAGAUGGAUGAACCACGGAGCCUGAGUUAUGAUGUCAACACUCACCGUCUCUGGGUCGGAUCAGGGUACAACAACAAGGUGUGUGUCUACAGGUAUAUCACCAGACAGGACGCUCUGACAGAUGAGGACACACACUCAACUGAUGAGGAUGUCUUUUCCAGCUCAACAGCUGUAGAAUAGAGAUAGCUGGGAUAUUGACAGGUGAGCAAACUUUAUCUCCAUGCCUUGUGGUGAAGUAACUGCAUCUUGGCUUGUUACAGAGAAAAGGAAAAUGGCUAGUAUCACUUCUAUUCUAGCUGACUUGCACUGGCUUCCACUAAAAUUCCUUCCUACAUACAAAACCCUUGUGUUCGCCUACCUAGCAUUACGUAGAUCGGGUCCAGGACAAGAACUGAUUAUUAUCCGUAAAAUAAACCGAAUCCUACGAUCCGACGGAAGCUUGCCACUUAAUUUAUCGAGGCUGUGCACUUGAAAGACAAUUUAUCUAUGGUGAUCAUUCCUACUUAUGACAGUCUUCCGAUGUGUAUUCCUCGCGCGAAAUCCGUUCAAAGUUUUUAAAAGAAAAUGGAAUACAAUUUUUCUAAUUAGCAUUUAAUUUACUUUUGAGAAUUGUCUAUCUUGUGAUUUUUUGGUUACGAUUUUUAAUUAUCCUCAUUUUUAUUUGUAGUAAAAUAAUGUUCAAUACUAUAUUUUUUUAAGUGGCCUAUACAUGUACUAUGUUUUAUGUCAUGUCCAUUUCAUAUAAAGUUCGCUAUAGUGAUACUGUUAUUAUAUAGAGCGUUACAAAAAUUAUUUAUUUAUUACUGUUUUAUUACAUAUGUUAUGGUAAUACAAAGUGUCACCAAUAGACUCUGUGUUCUUUGUAUAUGACUUAAGCAGUAACCAAUGAUUGUAAUUUUUAUAUGUUUUAUCAAGGUAUAACUUCUGUAGUUCGUAAUAGGUAAAGUAUCAGUAUUUUUACACUUUUGCCCUGUAUUUAUAUUCUUUGAAUUUUUUUUAUAAGGCCGGAUGCAGUUUGGUGAAAGGUUAAAGCUGUCCCUUGAACGUUUUGUUGUGUGUAUUGAAGUUUUGUUUUUCAUUUUUGAGAGGUACACAGGAAAUCAUGCAUAUAUUAACUUAAUAUCAUAGUCAAAGGGGAAGAUUUCAAAUCUGUAUAUU